AUGUCUGGUUCGCCCUCAAACGCCUCUCCUGGCGCCCCUGGUGGCAACAGCAUCCGGCCUGGUCAGGGUUAUCGCCUUCUUCAUGGCAGUGCUUCAAGACGCGCAGGCCGUGGAGGCAGAUUUGGCAGAGACGUUACAUAUCUUGGUGUUUCUGCUGAUGACGUGCCCCAAGUCCAGCAGGAACAUCACCAUCAAGCAGACACUCCAGUAAUCCAACAAUCUCUGGAAGAGCGACGCCAGACAGGACACUCCGCCCUAGUAAUCAAUGUGGAAGGCAACGCAACUAUCCGGAUCGACCUGGAAAGAAAGGAAGAGACACGUCAGAGGCAAGCAGAAGAAGCCCUCGGAGGAGACCAACAAUCACCAGAAGAAGAUACAGCCAUGGGAAAUGGCAGCCGAAGAGCCGCGACAACUCCUAUUCCCAAGGCAUCAAGUGGAGAAGGCGUUACAUUGAAGCAAAUGGCCGAGUCAAUGGCUCAGAUACAACAUCAGAUGAAGCAAAUGCAACAGCAGCUCUCCGCCGUCCAGGCUUAUGUCGAGCCUGCACCCCCUCCUCGAAGCGUACAAGAGAGAUCCGGAAAUACGCGCUACUCCCCGCGCCUCACUCGAGGCUCUCCGGAGCACCGUCCCUACCGCCGUGGUCCGCCCGUCAAUCGAUUCGAGCCUCUCGCUCCGCCGAAAUUCCAAGCUGCGACUGUUUCAGCUUCGCCAACUAGCCAAGCCACAUUUGAAGAGCAAAUUGCUUUUGCCGAUUCUGUUAGCGACAUCACUCAGUGGUAA